CAACCGUCGAGCACUUCUGGUAGCUCUGAGACUUCGACCCCCGAAAGACCCUCGAGGCUUGCACGAGUACUCAAGAAUACCUCUCUCGCGUUCAUCCUUUUUGCUUUAGGUUUCGGUAUGGCUGCCGCACCUGUCGCCGAGGCCGUCAAUGGCUUCUUGAAUCUUCCCACCGACGAAGAAACGCUUUCCCUCUUCGAACCUUCCACGCCUAACGCUGCCGAGAUCAACGACCAUAUCGUCAAUCACCCCCUAGCACAAAAGCUGCGCAGACAAGAAGGCAUCGUCGAGUCAAGACCACAUCUUAAGAUUCCGCCUGCCAUGAGGCCUCUCAACCUCACCGGUGGUACACUGUUGGGCGAGAACAAGAUUGAGGUUCCCCCUCUCACAUUCCAGGAUAAGGAAGCUGAGCUACCGACCAUGGUGCAGCUAUCAUUCCUUGGCCCAGCAUUAUGUGGCCAUCCUGGUAUUGUACAUGGAGGACUCCUGGCAACCAUGCUGGACGAAGGUCUCGCGCGGGCCUGCUUUCCUGCUCUGCCAAACAAGGUCGGAGUAACUGCGAGUCUGAAGAUCGACUACCGAGUUCCCUGCCCUGCCAGCAGCUACGUUGUGCUCAAAGCAGAGACUACAAAGGUCGAAGGUCGCAAAGCGUGGGUGAAGGGCUGGAUCGAGAUUUUGGGCGAAGAGGAUGGCACAGGCACCAAGGUUGUUGAAGCUGAAGCUCUUUUCAUAGAGCCUAAGCAAGCCAAGCAGAUGGCUCGAGUGUACAGCUCGACGUGAGUUGUUUUUGGCAGAUGCGUUGUCUAGUUUAAAUGCCGAUACCCCCUUUGCUGCAACAUGUGAGAAUAGAGAUAGAAAGACAUGCAUAAUGCAAAUAGCUUCUAUGAG